UCAUGUAAUGUCCUUUAUAGAAGAGAACUCCAAGAAGAAUGGAUACCUCUAAUCAUGAAUCAUUUCUAUUAGGUGGUACUACACCUGCUAAAAUAAGAAAUAGAAAAAUCUCAACUACAUCUCCUCAAGUCAGAUUUCACUCUUAAGCUGAUAAAAAAUUUGAAGAUAAAGGUGUUGGAUGUGAUCUAUUUGAAAACACAUAGAUAACUAAAACUUUUUAAUUUAAUAUGCCUCAAAUUGAUAAUUAUCAAUAACCGCCGCUUAUUCCUGAUAAAAAAGUUUUAAAGAAGAAAAAUGGGUUAAUCAUUUUUAAACCUAUUCCAAAAGAAUAUCAUCUAAAGACAUUUUAUUAGAGUCCAAAAAAUUAGACUAUUAUAAAUAAAUCAAGAAAGAGAGAUUGGAGAUUGAAGAAAAUGAUGGAUACAGAAAUAAUGAAAUCUAGUUUAGAGAAGGAAAAGUGGUUUACUGAUAGAAAUUGUCGCAUCUUUCUUAAUGAUUUAUGGUCUGAUUCCUAUUUUCAAUGAAUGU